AUGAUACAAUUCGGCAACACCCAGGUGACGCUUUCCCAACCUCCUCGCUUGUUAUGGGCGUACAACAAACGCGCUAAGACCGGCCAAGCUCACUUCUCCGGCCCGCCACGAUUCGAAUGCCGUCAGUCGCUGCGGCUUCAUCGCGCCCAUGCUCCGACGUACCUCCCCACCAUGGCAGCUUUUCCAUCUGCUGCUGUGGACCCUGUGACCGGCCAGGCAGGACCCACAAGCAGGUCCAUACAAAACCCCCAGGUCUUCACACUCGCCCCGCAACUGCUAGCUGCAUCACCCUUUCCUGACUGCCCCCAUGGAGCCACACUCAUGUCCGAGGCGGGCCGGGAGGUGUCGUUCAAAGUUUGGGCCCCUCAUGCGGCCUCGGUAUCACUGCUGCUGCAGGGCACCCUGGCUGCAGCCACCUCCAGGUUGGAGCACGUGGCUUCCCUGGGUUUCACUGCCGUACAGCUGAUGCCCAUUUCGGAGCACUCAGACGCCUGGGGCUAUAACCCGCGGCUCCUCAUGGCUUUGCACGGAGCGUACGGCACCCCUGACGAUCUGCGGCGGUUUGUGGAUAAGGCCCAUUCCCUUGGCCUGGGCGUCAUCAUCGACGUGGUGCUGCACCACGGGGCCGUUGACGGCAACUCCCUGUGGGAGUACGACGGUUGGGGUCCCGAUUGGAAUGGUGGUAUCUACCACGAGGGGGGUCAUGACACGCAGUGGGGCCGCGGCUUUGCAUUCUGGAAGCGAGAGGUCUUGGCAAUGGCUGAGGCGGCCUGUGCCACGUGGCUUUGCGACUUCCGAUGUGACGGAUUGAGGUUCGACUCUGCCAACGACCUGCCCCGGGAGGCCAUACAGUACCUGACCUGGUCCCUCAGACAGCGGUUCCCGGGUCGCAUCCUGACCGCCGAGGUGACACCGGAGAACCCGCAGAGUGUGCACGAGCUGGGGUUCGACAGCGUGUGGGUACACAGCGGCUACUUCGACAUCAUCCAGCAGCACCGGGCUCUGGGUCGGGGCCACCACGGGGGCGGGGACUGGGCGGCCGGCUGGGACCUGCCCCGACUGCGGACCGUCAUGGCGCUGCACCCGGGCUUCACCUCGCCCACCCAGUGCAUCAAGUACCUGCUGGGGUCACAUGACCAGGUGGGGUGUCGCAAUGGUGGUGCCUGGUACAAGGACUACGAGAUGAUUGGAGGUCAACACAGAUACGCGGUGGACCAGUAUGGGGGGGGCCGGGGCGACUGGAGCGCUCGAGCCUCAUCCCGGUUGUGGUACACGGCUAACGUGGCGGCGGCGGGGCUGCCCAUGAUGUUUAUGGAUCGCCGGCUGCAGUGGUCUCUCAGCACAGAUGAGGUGGGGACUCACAGCAAGGCUCUGGUGGCCGGGGCCAACGAACUCCGAAACCGCUUCCCCGCUCUGAGGAGGGGCUGGGCCAACAUACUGCAUGAGGACCGGGCCAACGGGGUAGUUGCCUUCGAGCGGGUGAUUGAGGGGGAGACCCGGCUGGUGGCGGUUAUUAAUGCCGGGAGGAAGAGCUGGUUGGGGGGAGACUACGGAGUGUGGGUGGGACAGGCGGCGGGGCAGCUGGAGGAAGUGUUUUGCUCGCAGGCAACCGAGUUUGGAGGUAAUGUGGAGUCAGGGCGUGCUAAUAAUGAGCCACGGGCCAUGUAUGACGGAAAGAUUUGGAUCAACCUGCCAGAUCAGUGCACUCUGGUGUUUCAGCACACCCUGUAAUUGGCAUCAGUGAUGCUAAGCAGUGUGCAUGUAUAUAUGUAUGCUUAGUUUAGGCACUACUGGUAAGGCACGGACCACUGCCCCUGGGAAAUCCCGGGAUCGAGACCUGUCAGGGUCGAAAAUCCUUCCGAUGGUGGAAGGCAAAGUGCCACUAGUUGAUGGACGGUGGUGACCUGGGAUAAAGUUAACCUGCGAGCCGACCAGGAAUGGAGUUGGGCCGCCGUCGAUCCGGAUUCUAUUGGAUGCUGGUGGUGGGUGCGGAACCUGAGCGGGAGGCCCAAGGGGAGGCAGGCGAUAGUAUGAUCGAUUUGUUCAUAGCGACUCCGCGUGUGCUUCAGCAGUUCGCCACCUUUCUGAGGGUGGGAAAUCUAAUCGAGUUGGAUGGAUGGGAGCCCACCGACCACCGACCUUUGACGCUUGUUCUAAAUGUUACAGUGGAUGACGAAGGCAGGUGUAGGGACGGUAAAGGCCGGAAAGCCCGGGUGAAGUUUGAUAUUGCUCGUUACCAGGAUUACACAUAAUAUUUUGUGGGGGGUUCCCCGACCAUGAAUGCCUUAAGCCAAGUGGCCCAGGAUCUGCAGGGUGGAGUUUGCAAAACCACACAAGCUGUCGAACACAUUGGAGGUGCCCUGUACAAAGUCACGGUGAGGGCCCUCGUUUCUCACCGUCCUACCGGCAUGACGUCAGGAGGGGAUACUGUUUGGUCAGCAAACGCGGCAAACGCGGCAGCGCAUGUAUGAGUAGUAAAUCGGGUCUGGAAUGGGAGGCUUUCUGCCACGCGCGGACGGAUUACAACCGGGCAAAAAGAUAUGCAAAGGCGGCAUAUGGGGAGGACAGGAUGAGAGAUUUUGUGGUCAAAUGUCGGCAUGACCAACGAGCUUUGUGGCGGGCUUUAGGAGGGAAGUUGAGGGAGCGAUGUGAGAUAGAUUAUACGAAGGUCUUCAGGGAUCACUUUGCUGUGCUAUUAAACACAGGUAUGGGAGAGACAGGCCCCGAGGGGGCGAAUCGGCUUUUGAACUUCAUUAACUUUGGGCGAUACCUAAGAGGGCAGGAAUGGCGGUCAUCCCACUCGGUUUUGGGCAGGACUGCAAAGGCAGCAGAAAUCCUAGAACCCCCCCUCACACUGGUGCUAUUGAUCGAUGCCCAACAGUAAGGCACCAGGCUU